AUGCGGAUCACGAUCAAAGGAGGAGUAUGGAAGAACACGGAGGACGAGAUCCUGAAGGCGGCGGUGAUGAAGUACGGCCUCAACCAGUGGUCGCGCAUCUCCUCGCUCCUCGUCCGCAAGUCGGCCAAGCAGUGCAAGGCCCGCUGGUACGAGUGGCUCGACCCCUCCAUCAAAAAGACAGAGUGGACCCGCGAGGAGGACGAGAAGCUGCUGCACCUGGCCAAGAUCAUGCCGACGCAGUGGCGCACGAUCGCGCCGAUCGUCGGGCGCACGCCGCAGCAGUGCCUGGAGCGGUACGAGAAGCUGCUGUCGCAGGCGGCGUCGGGGGAGUCGCUGGACCCGCGCGACGACCCGCGCCGCCUGCGUCCGGGCGAGAUCGACCCGAACCCGGAGUCCAAGCCCGCGCGGCCGGACGCGGUCGACAUGGACGAGGACGAGAAGGAGAUGCUCGCGGAGGCGCGCGCGCGCCUGGCGAACACGCGCGGGAAGAAGGCCAAGCGCAUGGCGCGCGAGAAGCAGCUCGAGGAGGCCAAGCGGCUGGCGAUCCUGCAGAAGAAGCGCGAGCUGCGCGCGGCGGGGAUCGAGGUGGGGACGCGCAGCAAGCAGCGGCGCGCGAUCGACUACAACGCGGAGGUGGCGUUCGAGCGGCGCGCGCCGGCGGGGUUCUACGACACGGGCGCCGAGGCGGAGAAGACGCGCGAGCUGCAGCGGGAGUUCCGGCCGAUGUCGUACACGGACGCGAUGGGCGACACGAAGAAGCGCGCGGCGAUCGAGCGCGUCCUGUUGGAGCAGGACAAGGCCAAGGAGAGGAAGAUGAUGGAGACGGACCGGGCGGGGGAGCUGCAGCGGGCGCUGCGGGCGAGCGCGGCGGGGACGGCGGGGGAGGCGGUGAUGGGGCGGCGGCGCAAGAUGAUGAUGCCGGCGCCGCAGAUGUCGGAGGCGGAGCUGCAGCACAUCGCCAAGAUGGCGGCGGAGGGCGCCAUCGACGCCGAGGCGCUCGAGGGCGCCGGCGGGGACGCGACGCGCGCGCUCGUGGGGUCGUACGCGGAGACGCCGGCGCGGCUGAUGACGGGGCGCGAGAUGCGGACGCCGCGCGCGCAGGGCGCGGGCGGCGGGGACGCGGUGAUGGAGGCGGCGCGCGACCUGGCGCGGCUGGAGCAGGCCGGGACGCCGCUGCUCGGCGGCGAGGGCCCCGCGGUGCGCGAGGGCGACUUCGGCGGGAUCACGCCCGCGCGGCGCAGCGUGGCGACCCCGAACCCGCUCGCGACGCCCGCGGGCGCGGGCGCGGGGCCGGGCGCCACGCCGUUUGCCACCCCCGGCGCCACGCCCGGCGCCACGCCGUACCGCGACCAGUUCGGCCUCAACCAGCCGGGAGCCUCGGCGCUGUCGACGCCCGCGGCGGACGCGGCGCGGCGGGGGGACCUGCGCGGCGCCCUCGCGGCGCUGCCGAAGCCCGCAAACCAGUACUCGGUGGAGCUGCCGGCGAUGGAGGACGAGGGCGAGGUGCGGGAGCCGGCGCGCGAGAUGGACGCGGCGGAGCUGGACCGCAUGGCGGCGCAGCGUGCGGAGGAGGAGCGGCUCGCGGAGCUGCGGCGGCGCCCCAAGGCGGCGCAGCGCGGGCUGCCGGCGCCCGCGUCGACGGCGGCGGUGCAGGCGUGCGGCGCGCCGCGGGGGCUCGAGGCCGCUGCGGAGGCGCUCGCGGAGGAGAUGCGGGCGCUGAUCGACCACGACGCGGCGAAAUACCCCCCCGAGGGGGAGUCCAAGAAGGGGAAGAAGUCGGCGAAGCGUCGGCGCGAGGCGGCGGCGGCGGUGCCGGACCUGCCGCGGUACGCGGAGGCGGAGCUGCAGCAGGCGGAGCUCGUGGUGGAGGAGGAGCUGCAGGAGCUGCUGGCGGCGGUGCGCGCAGGCGGCGAGGACGUGGAGGAGGCGGUGCACGCGGGAUGGGAGGCCGCGGCGGGGGAGUUCCUGUGGCUGCCCUCGCAGGGGGCGUACGGGCGGGCCGCGACGGCGAGCAACGCGGACAAGCUGGAUUCGAUGCGCGAGGCGUUCCGGCGCCUCCGCGGCGUGAUGGAGAGGGAGGCGAAGACUGCAGCCAAGCUGGCGCAGAAGCUCGACGUGCAGACGCGGGGGCUGCAGGACCGGCACGGGAAGCUGGCGGGCGAGGUUGACGCGGCUUACACGGAGUGUGCGCGCGCGAGGCUGCAGCUGUCGCUGUUCCGUGCGCUGCGUGAGCAGGAGGAGUGGGCAGCGCCGACGCGCGUCAAGGCGAUGGAGGCGCUGGUGGAGCGGCUGCGGGCGCGCGAGGAGGCGCUGCAGAAGGAGUACAAGGAGCUGAUCGACAAGCGCGAGGACGCGAAGCGAGCCGCGGAGGCCGCGGCGUAG